CUUCACCGAGGCAUCCUGACCUUACUCCAUGGACUUGCGACAUGCCAUUGCCUCUCCGGAGCGAGGCUGGUACCUGAAGCUGAUGGCGCCCAACGUCAAGGGGCCUGGUCAUGCCUGGCUGGACCCUUCGCGCCUCUACUGCCAUCCUCAAGCCUUGCAAGACUGCAUCGAGGACUUGGUGCAGCCAUUUCAGGAUGGGGCAGUUGACCUGGUUGCUGGGAUCGAUGCCAUGGGCUUCAUUCUAGGCGCUGCCAUUGCCAGCUUCCUACAGAAGGGGUUUGUGGCCAUCCGCAAAGCCGGGCACCUGUGCGUGGAGACCAUCGCCCAACCUUACAGGGAUUACUCUGGCCGGGACAAGUUGAUGGAGAUGCGGACUGAUGCCAUCGUGCCAGGCCUCCGAGUCUUGCUGGUGGACCAGUGGGUGGAGACCGGGGGAACCAUGCGGGCUGCUGUCCGGCUGGUGGAAGAGCAAGGAGGCGUGGUGGCAGGAGUGGCUGCCGUCUGCAUCGAAGACAGCGAGGGAGGGUCUUGGCUCAAAAAGCACUACAAGUGGGCCCACUGCGUCCUGCCCCACCUGAUGCCCCAGUUCAACGCUCACUACCUGGACUCCUUCCAGGCCUUUGACGCCACAUGAGGCCUGCAGUAGUGGAGGUGGGGGGCACAACCCCACCAUCCAGGGUCAACUGGCUUGACGUGGCAGCACCCAGCGCAAACACUCUGGCAUCGUGGCAGUGGAUAAUCCGCACCACGGGACCGCAAACUAAAACUUCCAGGCCUGACCCUAAGAGAGCGCCUCCGCUGAGCCCAGCAUCCUGACUUCUUCUAGCCAGAUAUCCCGGAAGGCCUACAAGCAGCGACAGAGUCUGUCAAAAGACUCCCUCUGCUGCCACGCACCCCGCCACUGGCAUUCAGAGGCAGACUGCCUCCGGAGGUCCCCUUUCACUAUCACGUCUGACAGCCAUCAGUAGAUCUCUCCUGCGUGUCUAAUCCCCUUUUACAGCCAUCUAAACUAGCAGUUGUCACUAUAACCUGAGGCGGUAAGUUCCACAAGUUGUUGGAUACUAAUUUUCUGCAAACAGAAGCUAAGUUAGAGUGAGCUAGCUCACAGUUUUUUAGCCUCUGGCUCACACAUUGUUGUCUUAGCUG